GUCACUUUUUUCUUCUUCGCCCUUCGAGUUUAUUUUCAAUUGAAAAAUGUUUAUAAUUCAACACGUUUUUAUAAUUUUAUCAAUUGUUUAAUAUUUAAUAUUUUUAACAUAAUGCAAAAUAAAAAAUCAGCUAAACCUUUUCAAAAAGGUAAAAACUUCAAAAAGUAUCAAAACAAAUCACAAAGUGCCGCCAAACCGAAAGACGAUGAAGAGAUCGAACGUAUUCAAGCACAAAUAGAUUCCAUAGAUCCGAGUAAAGUUAAGCAUUUUAGUGAUUUCCCACUCUCGUGGAAGACCCAGAAAGGUAUUCGAGAAUCAAACUACAAAGUACCCACAGAAAUUCAACGUCAAAGCAUUGGCUAUGCCCUGCAAGGUAGAGAUAUUCUGGGUGCUGCUCAAACAGGUAGUGGCAAGACCCUGGCAUUCCUGAUACCGGUAAUUGAGAACUUAUUUAUGAAGAAAUGGACUCGCUUAGAUGGCAUCGGAGCUAUAAUCAUUUCCCCAACUCGAGAGUUGGCAUACCAAAUCUUUGAGACGCUAAAGAAGAUCGGAGCGCAUCAUGAUUUCUCCGCAGGUUUGAUAAUUGGUGGCAAAAAUUUAAAGUUCGAAAAGAAACGAAUGGACCAGUGUAACAUCAUCAUUUGCACUCCUGGACGCUUGUUGCAGCAUAUGGACGAAAAUCCACUCUUCGACGCUUCCACAAUGCAAGUUUUAGUUCUCGAUGAAGCCGAUCGUUGCUUGGAUAUGGGAUUUGAGCAGACAAUGAACGGUAUCAUCGAAAAUCUUCCCCCAGAACGACAGACACUUCUCUUUUCCGCAACACAAACUAAAUCGGUCAAGGAUUUGGCCAGGCUAAGUCUAGACAAUGCCGUCUAUGUUGCUCCAACCGAACAACAAACUGUCACCCCGGACAAUCUGAAACAAAGCUAUGUAGUGGUGAAUCUUGAAGACAAAAUCACAAUGCUUUGGUCAUUUAUCAAGAGUCACUUAAAGCAGAAAUGCAUUGUGUUCCUUUCCAGCUGCAAACAGGUCAAAUACAUUUACGAAAUGUUCUGCAAACUUCGACCGGGUACAAGUCUCCUUGCUCUGUACGGUACUCUUCAUCAGGACCGCAGAGUGGCGAUCUAUCAAGAAUUCUGCCGCAAGAGUAAUGUGGUAUUGUUUGCCACCGAUAUCGCCUCUCGGGGUCUGGACUUUCCCACCGUCAAUUGGGUAAUUCAAUUGGAUUGCCCCGAAGAUGUGACCCAGUACAUCCAUAGGGCUGGUAGGACAGCACGUCACAAGGCGCGUGGUGAAAGUCUACUCGUGCUGCUCCCUAGCGAAGAAGAAGGAAUGGUUGCUGAAUUGAAAGACUCAAAAAUUAACAUCGACCAAAUCCACAUUGAUCCGCGGAAGCUUUUCUCUCCCAAGGGCAAGAUGGAAGGAUUCCUGGCUCAAAAUAAAGAACUGAAAGAGACAGCUCAGCGCGCCUUCGUAUCGUACAUAAAGUCCGUUUUCCUGAUGAAGAAUAAGAAAAUCUUCAACGUCAGUAAGUUGAAUACCGACGACUAUGCCAAAUCUCUGGGACUUGUGGUUGUUCCGAGGGUUCGAUUCCUGGAGCGAUUUAAGAAACGACAAGCAGCAGCCCAAAAGACAAACAAAGAUGAUGGCAGUAGUGAAGAGUCUUCCAGCGACGAAGAUGAAGACGACCACGAAGGAACUUCCAAAGUCUCGAAAAAGGAUGACGAUGUCAAUUUCAAUCUACCCCACUCCGACGACAGUGACAAUUCUGAAGCCGAAGAGGAACUGUUCAAGAUCAAACGAAGGGAUCAUGAAAUUGAAGUUGAUGGUGAUUCUAAAAUCGAUGAUGCGGCGGCCAAAGCUGAACUCACUGCUGCUAGAAAGGCGAAAGUUCUAACAAAAGCAGCUCAAGCCAAACGAGUGCUCAAAAAACGAAUUCAAGCCAAUACAAAGGUCGAGUUCAACGAGGAUGGCACCGAGGUUCUCGACACAAGAAAACAACUGCAAUCCGACCUCGCUCGGGACUACAUCAACCAAGACGAGGGAGGAAUUGACAUUGAAACAGCAAAGAAGGUUCUGCGGGAAGAGGACAAAUUUGAUAAGCAACGUUUCAAGGAGAUCGUCAAAGCCAAACACAAAGUUCAAAAGAAGAAAUCAAAAUCGAAGAAAACCGACGACGUUGAUGAAGAUGACGAAGCCGACGACUUUGGUAGUGAUGCAGAUGCCGACGAUCAACAAAGUAUCGAUUUGUCUUGGUUGCCAGAUCCAAAGAAGGUCUACAAUGUGGUUAAUAGUGACUCUGACAGCAGUGACGAUAAUGAAGACCAAAACGCAGACGUUAGCGAAAGUGAGAGUUUGGUCCAUCGACCACCAAAGAGAUUAUACGAAAAGAAGAAGAAAUCUAGAAAUUCAACAGAGUCAGACAAUAUCGCGUCUGCGUCAGAUGACAAUGACGAUGAUGGAGAAGAGGAACAACCACGAAAAAAGAAGGCGAAACAAAUUGCAGAUAAAUUAUCAUUAAAUGAAGCUGAAAUUAUUGCAAUGCAAUUGUUGGGCAAAUAAAAGAAGUUCUAUUUUUGUUUUACAAACGAAAGCCAUAA